AUGCGCUGGUUCGCGACCGUCUGUAGAGGCGUCUGAGCUGGCGGCCCCGGUGCAAAAGCAAAGCAGCGCAGUACGCAUUCCAUUCCUUUUCUGAAAGCGCGUCAGUGUGUCCCGGAUAGAUGGUGCCUGCAUUCGCCCGAGCUUCGUUUCGCUCUCUCUCCUUCUCCACUGCUCGAAGCCUCGCCUAGCUCGCCUUUAGUUCUUGCACCCGAGACUCGACUCGACUCGACUCGACUCAGCCAGAGGAGCCCGCGGCACGGGAGCAAUGCACAUAGGAAGGUUCGGCAUUGGGUGCGUGCAGAAGCACGUCCCUCCAUUCGCCGAACUCGCGCAGACAUUGUGAUCCUCGAGCUCGCCUUUAGUUCUUGCACACGAGACUCGCCUCGACUCGACGAGGCCAGAGGAGCUCGCGGGACGGGAGCAAUGUACAUCGGAAGGUUCGGCAUUGCGCGCGUGCAGAAGCUCGUUCCUCCAUUCGCCGAACUUGCGCAGACAUUGUGAUCGUCGCCUCCUCACUUUCUCCUCGCUUCGCUUAGCAGCCCAUCGCGAGCGGAGUCGAUUCGAGCCGAGCUUCGCCCUCGACGAGAAGACGCAAGAACGCACCGCCCGCCGACGGCUCCACAGCGCAAUGCGGAGCAGACUCUUCGAUCGGAACGACAUCGAGGAGAAUAUUUGAACAACGCGGGGAGCGGGAGAAGCGAUUCAUCGAGAGAAUUCGAAGGGAGGCGCGACGAUGGGCGCUCUGGCGUGGGCAGUCGUCUGGUGCUGCUGCCUGUGCUCGACCGUCGCGGGCGAUUGGCACCCUCUGCCGGUCACCCGAGAUUCGGAUUCUGCGCCAUUCGAGUCCGCGGACGCUGGCGCGACGGCGACUGUGGCCGCGGUCUGCCAAGCGACGAGGUUCCCGGUGGAGUGCAGCACGGCCUUGGCAGCGGACGCGCGGUCGGCCAGCGCGAAUUCGCCCGAAUUCGCCAGAAUCGCGUUGGACUUGGGAGCUACGGCGUCGACGAGGGACCUGGCCGCGGUGCAGCUGAUGGCCGCGGGCGAGGCGCUGGACAUCAACGCUACGGCGGCCGCGGCUGUGUGCGCGGAGUCCCUCGACUACGCGGUUUCGACUCUGACCACGGCCCGCGACUCUCUCCUGGCGUCCCCGAUCGAGGACAUUCAGUCCUGGGCCAGCGCCGCGCUCCAGUUCCAGUACGACUGCUUCUCGGCGCUGGUGAAUGUCCCCAGUCCCCCGGCGGAUCUGGCAGCCACCGUGCUUCCGGAGGUGAAUUCAACCAUGGCGCUCAUCAGCAUCGCCUUGAGCAUCACGGACGCGCUGGCCUACUACGGCUCCGAUGCUACUCUGUGGUUACCUCCGCCGGAGCAGAGGCCGACGGACCUCAACGCCGUCUUGCUCUCGACUAGCCCCCAAUGGGCCUCCGAGAACGGAGGCUGCGACUGGAGCGCGCCCAUCGACAUCACGGUCCCGGACGUGACAGUGGCGCUUGACGGCACCGGGACGUUCACGUCCAUCCAGCAGGCGGUGGACGGCGCGCCCGCCUUCAGGUCCGUCAUGUACAUCAUCCACAUCAAGGCGGGGGUGUACUCCGAGAGGAUCCGAGUGGACAGGAACAAGACCAUGCUCAUGUUCGUGGGCGACGGCGCCAACCAGACGGUCAUCACCGCGAGCAAGAGCGCGCUGGAGCCCGGCGUGGUGACGUACCAGACCGCGACCGUGGUUGUGGUGGGCAAGGGAUUCGUCGCGCGAGGAAUCACGUUCCAGAACACGGCGGGCGCUGAGUCCCGGCAAGCCGUGGCCGUGCGAGUGGACGCCGAUCAGUCGGCGUUUUACGACUGCAUCUUCGAUGGCUUCCAGGACACUCUGUACGCGCACGCCGGCCGGCAGUUCUACAAGAGCUGCACCAUCCGGGGCACCGUGGAUUUCAUCUUUGGAAAUGCGGCGGCCGUCUUCGAGGACUGCCAGAUUCUUUUGCGGCUUCGGGCGGGGAAUCCGACCAGCGUGGUGACGGCGCAGGGUCGAACUGAUCCGGGCCAGACCACGGGGCUGGUGUUCCAGAAUUGUACCGUGUCGGGGACGCCCGAGUACAUGGAAGCGUUUCUGGCCGAGCCGACGGCGCAUUUGGGAUUUCUCGGGCGCCCGUGGAAGCUGUUCUCGCGAACCGUGUACGUCAAUUCGUUCUUGGACGCCGUGAUCGAGCCCGAGGGCUGGAUGCCGUGGAACGGCGAGUUCGCGCUCAGUUCGUUGUUCUACGGCGAGAGUGGCUCGUCCGGCCCCGCCGCCGAUACCACGUCGCGCGUUUUCUGGUGCAGCCCGCUGACCUUCGACCAGGCCGCCUUCUUCAGCGCGGCCAACUUCAUCCAGGGCGCCAGGUGGCUUCCGUGCACCAGCGUUCCGUUCACGUCGGGGUGACGGACGGACGGACGAACCUUUACCCCUCCGCUGCCUCUGUGACGUGCACUGUCGACGAUCCGAGGAUUCAUUCGCCGUCGUGAGGAGAGGGCGAGGUCGAGGAGGAAUCGGGAGCAGAGAUUUGCCAGUGGCAGAAGGAUUUCGGCGCAGGGAGGCGAGAAUUCGGAGCCAAAUUCUUGCAGAAUCUAUCGAGCCCUCCCUAGCUGGUGGCCACUGUCACUGUCACCGCUGACCCAAUUGGACUCUUGGCGGAGAAAAGUGGGGCCUUUGUCGUCUAGGCCCGAGCAUGGCCCACCGCGAGGAGGGGGAUGGCGCCAAAAGGAAAGCUCGUGCGCCGUAGAGACUUUGUGAACAUUGCACAUCCACGAGGUCUUCUGUGGUCGUCUGCGGCGGACAGAUAGGUUCCACACGACGACCCGAUUCAAGGCGAGAAUCGACUGGAUUGUGACGCGGCCCCACAUUCGUUGACGUGAAGUUGACGAGGCAGCAUGUCGUCGAUGGAAAAGCGGUCAGUGCUCGAUCACCGACGAAGCUCGAGUGGACUUGUAGUUGUAGGAGUAGGAGUAGGAGUAGUCUUGUAACCCAGAGCUUGGUUAGGGUAGAUGGAUGUCGAUGACUCAAGCUGGGAAGGGGAGCAGUCAGUGCUCGAUCACCACCAAAGCUCGAGUAGACUCGCAUAAUUAGUGGUAUUCUUGUAGUCCAGAGGUUAGUUUGGAUAUUUAUUCAAUCAUUCAUUGGAUGCCCAUAUGCGUCCGUCGGGCAACUCCUCAGGAGGCGCGUAUUCGCAUACGCUUCUUCCCAAAUCACGAGUGCCCCGAACUUCAUCGUUCCUUUAAACUUGUUCAUCUGCACAUGAGGUUCUCGUACCACAUUAUUAUAAUGAAGUCACCAAUUGUGACCGCUUUGUCCACAGCCUGACAGG